AUGUUCAUCCGUCUGCAAGCAUUGUCAUUAUUUAUAUUACCCGACGAAAUAUAUUUCUACAAAGAUAUACAUAUAAUUGCGAUGAUAACAGAUAUAUUAUUCAUUCUUGGAGUAUCGAUAGCAAGUUCACUCUUUUCAGAGGGAGUAUCAUGGUUGUUUGUGUAUCGAACCGAAUCUUAUAAAAAGGCAAAGAUAAACAUUGAUCGUCUCACAGAACAGGUUGAAAAGGCCAAAGAAUCAGAGUCUAGCAAAUCAUCACUGCUCAGCAAGUCAAAGGGCAAGGAUAAAAAGUUGGAACGUCUCGAAGAUUCUCUCAAACAAGCCAAUCAACAAAUGACAUUCUCCAAGAUGAAAUCAAUGUUUGCUGUUGCAAUUUCUAUGAUUUCUUUAUUUAGUUAUUUAAAUUCAUUAUUUAAUGGAGUAGUAGUUUGUAAAUUACCAUUUGAACCAAUUGGAUUCCUUCAAGGUCUAAGUCAUCGUAAUUUAGCAGGUACUGAUAUGACUGAUUGUUCAAUGACCUUUUUAUACGUCAUCUCAUCAAUGACCAUCAGAACCAACAUUCAAAAGAUCCUUGGUACUGCUCCACCAAAGACAUCAGCUGCCAAUAAUCCAUGGGCUUCUUCAUUUACCGAAAAUAAAUAA